ACACACACACGCACAAGCAGCAAAACAAAAGAGAGGGUCUGUAAGUGAAGCAGAAAGACAGCAGACACCUUGAAGAAAGACAAUACAAGCAGCCACGUUGAUGAUAAUGAAGAUGAUGAAGAAUCCAAUCAUUCUGGUGACCUGUGUCCUGCUUUUCGCUGCUCUCACUGUCCUGGCAUCUCCAAGUGUCUUUGGACCAGAUAAGUGCUGUUUUGAAUUUGUCCCCGGACCUCUGCCCAAGAAAGGGGUGCUGCGCUACAAAUACACAAACAACCAGUGUUCAAAGAGGGGGGUGCUUUUGGAGAUGAAGAACAAACAUACAUACUGUGCCGAUCCGUCCGUGAAGUGGGUGAAGGAGGCCAUGGCAGCACAUGACUCAAAGUGAUGUAAAACAACUUUCAUCACUUGUUUUACUUUACGACACACUGAAGAGCACAUAGCAGUGCUUGUCUCAUAUAACCUGCUUAUAACCAGCUUGAUGUUUAUGCGCAAUAUUUUACUAAAAGUUGUUAAAUGAAUGCAAAGAAUAUCCCCGUAUCACUUAACCAUCCUUAUCAGCUUCUUUUUGUUUUUUUGAUGUUUCAAGUGAUGUACUAAAAGAUGUUUGACGGUGGUUGAUUCUGUCAGCAUUGUUUUUCGCUCAUU